GGUAUGCCAGGGCCAGGCAGUGCUCGCUAGCCGCUCCUGGGGUGAGGCAGCACCUCCAACGCUCCUUACUUAUCCUCCUCCUCCUUCCGCUUCAUUCCCUGUUGCAUCAUCUUCUCAUCGUCGUCAUCGUCCUCCUCCAUCUCCUCCUCCAUUCCAGGAUCAUCAGCCAGGACUCUUUUUGCCUGACGGUGUUGAGGGUCGGCCAGCACCAUGUGGACGGAGGUGGCGGCCGCGCUGGUGCUGCUGGUGGUGGGCUUCAGGGUGUGGUACAGAUGGCAGGCCGGCGUGUGUGGCUCCAAGGCAUCCCUGGAGGGCAAGACUGUCGUUAUCACCGGGGCCUCGGCAGGCAUCGGCAAGGAGGCGGCGAAGGACCUGGUGAGCCGAGGGGCGCGUGUGAUCAUGGCCUGCAGGAACGUGGAGAAGGCGGAGAGGGCGGCGGCCGAGGUGAGGGUGUACGCGCGUGGCAAGGGCGAGGCUGUGGUUCGUCAGUUGGACACGUCUGACCUCGCCUCCGUCAGAAGCUUCGCCGCCAGGAUCUUGAAGGAGGAGGAGAAGCUGCACGUGCUGAUCAACAACGCAGGUAUCUUCGGCCCCUCCACGAGACAGGUGACCCAGGACGGCCUCGAGCUCACCAUGGCAACCAACUACUACGGCCACUUCCUCCUCACCAACCUCCUCCUCGGCCUCAUCAAGCGCAGCGCCCCGAGUCGCAUCGUCAUCCUAACCUCGGACACCCACGACCAGGUCAAAAAACUCAACCCCGACUGCCUCAAUUUCGAGCACGACCACUACUCCUCCGUCGCGGCGUAUGGCCAGUCUAAGCUCUGCAACAUCCUCUUCACGUUCGAGCUGACCAACAAGCUGCAGGGGACAGGCGUGACAGCUAACUGCGUCCACCCUGGCAGCGUGAGCACCGAGAUCUUCUACAAGGGCGACGUGACGUGGCUGCUGUGGAUAUCGGGCAAGAUUAUCUACCUCAUAGGGAAGGACGCAACACUCGGGGGCCAGACUGUCGUGCACGCCGCUGUGUCUGAAGAGCUGGAAGGCGUCACUGGCAAAUACCUCGUCGACUGCAAGGAGGCCAAAACAACGGAUCUGGCCCUCUCCAGGAAGUUGGCCAAGCAGGUGUGGGAGGCCAGCGAGGUGGACGUGAAGCUGCAGGCGGAGGAGAAGGACUACUAGGCGGAGGACACGUGACGGACGCUCGGACGGGCGCCACGAAUUGGACAACUUGCAUGCACGGACAAGGACGGCGAUGAGACGUGAGGAGAGAAGUAGUGAAGGAAGAGAGAACCGCUACUAUAUAGGCAGGAAGACUCUUAACGGACGGACGCACGGACGGGAGGAGUCACGGACGGGGAGACUUGUAUACAUGGACACGGACGGAGAUGAAAGGGACUUCACAAACGAAAGAAGAGGAGGAAGUACAGACGGAGAAGAAAAAAAAACAUUAACAGGCGGGAGGAAACUAGAAAAUAAGAAAGAGAAGUAGAAAAAAAUAUGAAAAAAAUAAGAAAAGGAAUGAAGGACUUAAGAAAAAAAUAGAAAACACUGAGGAAUGAAGACUUUUUAAGGUGAAAUAAUUAAAGAAGAUUAACCAUUUUAUCUUCCUCAGAGUUACUUAAUAUUUACAAAGGGACGGAAAUUUGUGCGCAAAAUUUCAAUUAAUAGCAGAAGUUCCUGACGAGAAUAUGUUAAUUGUGCUUCUAAAUUAUUCCUUCGCGACACUUCAAAAUAACUAACUCCUCUUCAUUUUUCAAGCUGAUGUUUCUUUUAAUAUGAGAUCGAGAAGCUAAUUUUGUGUAGUUUUGAUGUGCGCUUAGACGUUGUGUUGUGUGUGUGUGUGUGUGUGUGUGUGUGUGUGUGUGUGUGUGUGUGUGUGUGUGUGCUUGCGUAUUACUAAUGGGAAAUACUUGCAUGAGUGUAGUUCUGUGUGUGUGUGUGUGUGUGUGUGUGUGUGUGUGUGUGUGUGUGUGUGUGUGUGUGUGUGUGUGUGUGUGUGUGUGUGUGUGUGUGU